CUCUCGCCGCUUGUGCUCCUGCUGUAUUAAAAAAAAAUAAGCGCAACCGUAGGUUAGUUUUGCGGACAGCUUCUGUUGAGCUGCUCGGUGUUCAGAUGCGCUGGUUUGGCUUCGGCUUCAACGCCUUUGGACAGAUAUGUGUCCAGGAAAAGUCAGGCAGAGGAGAAAGUAGCAGCGCGCCCCACCAAGUCAAAGUAAGUCACCCAGCAGAGCUCAGCAGUCACGUGGAUAGAAGUGGAUGCUGCUUGAAGACAAGUCAGAUCAGAGUGAGCUGGAGUCGAAGAGCAUCUUUACAUUUAGAGGGAGACAGCUGCCUGAGCUUGGCAGGUUUUGGGGAAUCGGUCUCCAGCGAGGACUGUGGUAUUUCUAAAAUAGAGAGCCAUGGUUGUAAAGAUGUAUUCAUCAGUGAAUCGCACUUGACCCUGGCCUUCCCAGACAGGAUUGAGACCUGGGAUCUGCAGAAGAGGGAGAAGAGUCCAUCAUGGAGCAUUGAUAUAAAAACCGACGCAGAGGGCUCUGAUGUGAAUUUGCCAUUGGUCCCUGGGGGCUACAUUGCCUUAAAGCCUCCCUUCUACUGCACCUUACCAGGACACCUGACAGCCAGGAGCCUAGCACUGGGUGCAGAGCAUGCCGUUCUUCUUACUGCCACUGGAGCAGUGUACAGCUGGGGACUGGGCAGCCAUGGUCAGCUGGGGCAUGGCGUGCUCACCUCUGAGGAGGAGCCCAGAGUAGUGGAGGCACUCUGGGGGAUGCCCAUGACCCGUGUGGCUACAGGAGGCUGGCACUCAGCUUGCAUUAGUGAUGGGGGUGACCUUUAUGUGUGGGGCUGGAAUGAGAGCGGCCAGCUUGGACUUCCUUCUCGAGGUCUGAGGAAAUCUCAGCAGAAAACUAGUCAACAAACAGGAGAAUUAUGCUGUGAUACCAGCGCACCACCAGAUGAAAAGCUAAAGGAGGAAGAGGAGCAUGAAGAUGUGUUCAUAUCAAUCCAGGCGUUCCCCGCUCUGCUGGAUGUCUCUUCAUCAUGUGAAAUCGGAGCAGUAAGCUGUGGUUCCCGCCACACAGCUGCAGUAACAACCACUGGUGACCUCUACACUUGGGGAUGGGGGGAAUACGGCCAGCUUGGACACCAAACAGUAACUAGUUCGGAUGAGCCGCAGCGUGUGGAGUUUUUCAGGGCUGAGCAGAUGUGUGUUCUUGAUGUGGUGUGCGGGACAUGGAACACAUUUGCUGCUGCUGUAAAGGAGGAAGUAGCUUGUGCUGAAAAUAGCACAAAAUGCACUUGUUAAGCACAGUGAACUUUGGACAACAGUGGUAAAUUUCUCCUACAAACACAAAGAAUUAACUAAAUUUCUUUGUUCAUUUUUUUCUCUAUAAAAAAACUCAACUCAAUACUUUUUGGUGAAACUUUUAUUUUUUCUUCAAACAGAUGUUUAAAAAGGGUUUAUAUUUGACAAAUGACAUAAAACAGUUAAGGCAGCAAAAUCCACAGGUAAAUAUAAUUUAAGGCAAGUAAUUAAAAUUGUUCUGAUUUAAAAUUAUACACUAAAAUUAAAAAGGUGCAUGCAUCUCCAAGGUUCACUGGAAGUCUUCAGAGCACAAUCUUGAAGGAACUGUGCAUAAAUCAAAUGAGAAUCAAUUGGACACUUAUAAAUGCAAAUAAUUAUUGGUGUUUGGAGCUGCUGGAUUUCUAGUUACCUGACGAAAUCUGGUGACCUUGAAAUGACGUGCUGAAACUCUGAGAGGUUCACAGUUCCGUCCUUGUCGAUGUCUGACUCUUCAAGAAUCUAAACAACACGCAGACACGGAAAAGAAACACAUUGUUAGGCUUACUGACACAUCAAUAUACCACCCCCACAUGCAGUUUAUAACCACCCCUUACAACUUUAAAGACAAACUCAGUAAUCUCACGUUGCUGAUGAGCUGCUUCAUUUCCGUGGAGGAAAGUUUUGCAUCGUUUGUCUCCCCAGUUAAGCAGUUAACCAGCUUCUCCAGAUCAGCACAGUCAAGGGUUCCAUCAUCAUCAAAGUCUGAAAGCAGCAGACUGGUUAGCAUUACGUAGACUGACAUAUUUGCGUGCAAAAAUAACUAUAUCACUUUUUAUCAACUUUAUUUUUUUACCAAAUAUGCGGAAUGCAUAGUGGGAUUUGAUUUCCAGAGUAGCAGAGUCGCUGAAGGCACUCAGAAGAUCCAGGAAGUCCUCAAAAGUGAGGCUUCCAUCUUUUUGUUCAGAGGUUGAGAACACCUGGCAGAUUCUUUCCUUGAAAGGGUUGGACUGUAACGGGAAUGAGUACAAAGGUCAGAACAGAUUACCAGCCCCUGAAGCACUUCCUUCAGAGCAUGAAUUACAAUAUAAUCCCAUAAACAUAGAAAUCAAGCAUUAACGCAAAAAACAAAACAUAAAAACAAUGUAAUGCAUAUGUUUUGUUAAAAUCUUUUCACCUUGAGCUCAGGCAGAGUAGUAAUCCUGCCCAUUGGUGCUCUGGCAUCUAUUUGUUGUUUUUCAUGUUUCUCAAGCAGCUCUGUGAAUCUCUUGUGAGCACUGCAAAAAAGAGGAAAAUAUAUCACACAUUACAACAACCAGCAGAAGACAAAAUGUUUUUGUUAGUAUGAUGACUUGCAGCUUGUCACUUACAGAAGAAUUUCUUGUUUUGUCAGGAAGGUCAGCUCCUAAAAAUAUAUGUAAGGAUUAGUCCUUUAAGAAGUUGAAGAGCUUCUUGUUCAAAUAAACAGGCAUCUUCUUAAUUUAACAAGAAAAAUAAAAGCAUAUAAAAAGUGAAACAUCAAACAAUAAUAAUUAGUUUUCAAACUGAGCUUUAAAUGAACAACAAAACAAACACAAGACAGCCCGGACCCACUCAGUGCGUACCUGAUUUUAAUUACUGAAGUUGUUCAAACAAGAGAUAAAAGGAUGACACAUAUAUUUAUGAAUACAUUUUCUCUGAGUUUAGUAACCCUCAGUUUAACAAUAAGCGCUUCUUUCGUCUUCCAAAACAAAGUAAAUGUAAGCAUUAGUGCAAAGACAACAAUCACUUAUUAACAUAAAUGUGUAACUUUUACCCCCAAACGGAUGUUUUUAAAGAGUCUGAGCAACCGUAUUGGUUGUUAUUAGGCUAGUGACCGUAACUUGUUUUUAAUAGUAUUUCCACAGACGUUACAUAUAAUCAAUACGAAUUACAUCAACUACAAAUGUAAAUAAUACUGGUUAUUUGAGCACCAGGACGCUUAUCAUUUUAUUUCUCCUUUGAAACAUCAGGCUAAUAUAGCUAUUACGCUCUUCCUUUAACGUUAUUACAGGGCGUAAAAACCACUUCCACUCGUCCAUUAAGAAAAUAGGUAAAGUUUGCCUGUGGAGACUUUGCUUUCGGGACUUACCUGAUAUUCUGAGAGCGACUCUUUCGAAAGUUGACUCGCCGUAGUUCCCAUGUCGAAGUUUUCAACUCCAAAUUGUACUUUGCCGUAGUUAACAGUAACCCGCAAAACUACUGAACGGCUAAUGUUUUCUGCUUCGCUUACUUCCGGUUUCUGACUAGAAGCGUCCUCCCCUUGUAGGGUGUAGCGUAGCGGUUUCUAUAGUGACGUAUAUGCAAAACCUUAAAAAAAAGUGGCCUUUUUUUUUCUUUGGAAAGUUUAAAAAAAGGAAAAACUCAGUUUGGUUCCUGUUCACAAUUUUGUCAUCAUUACUUGAUUUUCGUUGAGAUAACAAAAUAAAAGAUGAGACAGACUGGAAGUGGGUAAAGGUCGUUGAUGAAAUAAGGAUACUAAAAACACUUUAUAAGUAAGACGUGAGCAGUGAAAUGUACUCAAGUACAAGGAGUAGCUUUUAUUUUCGUAGCAUAAAAAUAAAGAACCUGCGAGUCCUAUUAUUGUGGGGUCUCUAGUGAUAGAAUCACUUGUAUCACAGUAGAUUGUAUCACUCUAACCAGUCCAACCCAGUUCCACAUAUUACCAAAGAAGACAAAAUAAUGUUUCCUUUCUUUAUUUGUAUAACUACGGUUAUUCUUGACUUUCAUAAUUCAUUAAAUCACACAGCAUCUUUUUCUGAAAAAAACAAACAAACAAACCCUCUAAUACUAUCACUGAUCUGCAACCCAAUUAAUUAUACUUGCAACUACAGAACAAUAAAUACAAAACAAACAUUACAAACACAUGUUAAAAACAUAUAAAAUAUUAUUGCACAACAUUUCUAUGGUCCUGAGUAUUUACUGGACACAUUUAUGUCAUAAUUUAAAAAUAAUAGUAAUCCAAUCAACCCUACUGUAUUAUUUAAAAAUAAUAAUAAUAAAUUGUUUCCUUAGCUCACAAAGGUUUAAUUUAUUCUCUUUGUAGUUGUUUAAAUUAUUAUUUUAAAAGUGUAUUUAAGCAAAGAUAUCAAAAUGAUUAAUUUGCAAAAAACAUCACUAUUUCUUUUCAGAAUAUUUUGAAAGUUGCUUAAAUUAAUAUAGACCGAGACUUAUCUGAAACUGAAUGAGUAUUCAGUAUGAGGGUGACUACUACUAUCUUCUCACAGUCCAAAGACAUGCAGCAAUCAGUGGGGUUAGGUUAAUUGGUGAUCUUUAAAGUAAUAGUGUGUAAAAUCUCACCACUAGAUGUCUGUAGAUUGCAGUCAAAUGAAUUCUGUUUUCUUACCCCUCCCAAUCCAAGUGCAUAAUUGUAACUAUGGUGGCUGCUAUAAUAUGACAAACUUGUUUUAGUCAACCAGUGGAGAUCAGAAACUUAAAACUUAGACUGUACCAUAAUAUUAGCUUAUAGUCGACUGUUGUUGUUUAGCUGGCUUAUUGUCAUCUGUCUGGACACAACAGGAUUGCAUGUCAAAUCUGCUGACAAGAAGAAAUUGUGACAAUAUCAGAAAUAAAUAAGCACAUUUAUCCAUGUUUUCAUGUGUUUUCAGUUCAGGAGAUGGGGCUUGAGGAUGCUUAUUCUGUUGUCUCUUUUCUUUGUGUUGUUGCUUCUUUGGUGAAGGGGACCCCUUCUCAGAUGAUAAAACAUAGAUACUUCAUAUCUUGAAUCUGAAUUUACCUCCAUGUUUUCUUCUCCUCCAUCUUUGGUGUAUAACCUGACCUGGACAAAUCUACUUUUUUCACGUUUUUUUUUUUAAUUUGUUUUUUGUAAUUUUAAUACAGAACGGAAUUUUUUUUAAUGUGUCAGUUCUUAUUUAACCAUUCCUAAACUCCUCCAGAAAUAGUAAAAUAAAAAGCAAACAUAGAUGUAGAACUAUGGUUUUGAGAUUAAAAGUGUUCUUGCUGGUUUUCCUACCUCCUAUAAAGUAAUAUUGUCUUGUCUUUUGUCAGUAUAAAUAACAUAGGUGAGAGAAUUUUUUAUAAAGUCAACCCAAAGCAUACCUAUAUGUUUGUCUGACAUGUUCAGAAAGAAAAAAAAAAAAGAAAUAUUUGGCAUAAAUAUGAUGUACAUGUUAAAACCAUACUUUACUGUCUUUUGUUCC